AGCCUCCUGAGUUCCGUGGCCCGCAGAUGUGCGUGUGGUCGCCUGGGAGACGGAACAGGCUGUGGCGUGUGUAGGGCGCCCUUGCAGGCAGGCUGAAGCCAUGGACAUCGACGCCGAGAGAGAGAAAAUAACACAGGAGAUCCAGGAGCUCGAAAGGAUUUUGUAUCCUGGAUCCUCCAGCGUCCAUUUGGAGGUCUCUGAAUCCAGUCUCAGUUCGGACUCUGAAGCAGAUUUCCUGCCUGAUGAGGACUUGGAAACGGCUGGUGCCCCCACCUUGGAAGAGGAAAGGUGGAGUGAGGCCAGCAAUGAGGAGGAGGACCCCAAGGACAAAGCUCUUCCUGAAGACCCCGAGACUUGUCUGCAGCUAAAUAUGGUCUACCAGGAGGUGAUCCAGGAGAAGCUAGCAGAGGUUAGCCAGCUGCUGGCCCAGAAUCAGGAGCAGCAGGAGGAGAUCCUGUUUGAUCUGGCUGGGACCAAAUGCCCCAAGGUGAAGGAUGGCAAAAGCCUGCCUUCAUACAUGUACAUAGGCCACUUCAUGAAGCCAUACUUCAAGGACAAGGUCACUGGAGUGGGACCUCCUGCCAAUGAGGACACACGAGAGAAGACUGCCCAGGGAGUCAAGGCCUUUGAACAGCUCUUGGUGACCAAGUGGAAGCACUGGGAGAAAGCCUUGCUCAGGAAGUCUGUAGUGAGUGAUCGCCUGCAACGCCUACUUCAGCCCAAGUUGCUGAAGCUUGAGUACUUACGCGAGAAACAGAGCCGAGUCUCCACCGAGUUGGAGAGGCAAGCCCUGGAGAAGCAGAUUAAGGAAGCAGAGAAGGAGAUUCAGGACAUCAACCAGCUCCCAGAGGAAGUUUUGCUGGGGAACCGGCUGGACAACCACGACUGGGAAAAGAUUUCCAACAUCAAUUUUGAAGGAGGCCGCAGUGCAGAGGAGAUCCAGAAGUUCUGGCAGAGUUCAGAGCACCCAAGCAUCAACAAACAAGAGUGGAGCACAGAGGAGGUAGAGCGGCUGAAAGCCAUUGCUGCCACACAUGGCCACUUGGAGUGGCAUUUGAUUGCAGAGGAGCUAGGGACAAGCCGCAGCGCCUUCCAGUGCCUGCAGAAAUUUCAGCAGUACAACAAAGCCCUGAAACGCAAGGAGUGGACAGAAGAGGAAGACCACAUGCUCACCCAGCUGGUCCAGGAGAUGCGUGUUGGGAGCCAUAUUCCAUACCGCAAGAUUGUCUACUUCAUGGAAGGAAGAGAUUCCAUGCAACUGAUCUACCGUUGGACCAAGAGCUUGGACCCUAGCCUGAAAAGGGGAUCCUGGGCCCCAGAGGAAGAUGCUAAAUUGCUUCAAGCUGUUGCCAAGUAUGGGGCGCAGGACUGGUUUAAAAUCCGGGAAGAGGUGCCAGGUAGGAGCGAUGCCCAGUGCAGAGACCGCUACAUCAGAAGAUUACAUUUCAGCUUGAAGAAGGGACGGUGGAAUGCGAAAGAAGAACAACAGCUGAUCCAGUUAAUAGAAAAAUACGGUGUUGGUCACUGGGCAAGAAUAGCUUCUGAACUGCCCCAUAGGUCAGGCUCCCAGUGUCUGAGCAAGUGGAAAAUACUGGCCAGGAAGAAGCAGCGUCUCCAGAAGAGGAGGUUGCGGAGGCCCCAUCAUAGUCGCCAGUGGAGCUCUAGCAGCAGCAGUGACAGCAGCAGUGAGGGCUAUGGCGGCAGCAGCAGCAGCAGCAGCAGCAGCAGCAGCAGCAGCAGCGAAGACUCAGAUAUGGAGCUGGAACAGUCUCUGGAGAACGGCAGAGCACUGGUUCCUCAACCGUACAGAGUGCCAGACAUUGACCUGUGGGUUCCUACCAGGCCAGUCACCAGCCAGUCACAGAGAGAAGGGUCAGGGUGCUACCCAGCACACCGUGCUGUCUCCUGCACUCUUGAUGCCACUCAAAGUCAGCACAAGGAAGAUUCUACCACUGUCUCCACUCCUGAGAUGAGCCAGGUGCCGAUGCCCUGUGAGACUCACAGAGCUUUUCCAAGAAGGGCUCAGUUCCUACACUUACCAGACACUCACCUAGCAAGCAUGGAGGACCCAGCCGGCAAGCAUGUGCUCAGAGUACCCCUAAAGAGAAUGCUGCAGUUGGUCAGGACCCGCCCAGCCACCCAGAGCCACACACUAGUGAAGCAAAGACCGAAGCAGCCACCCCUGCCUAAUUCAUGCUCAGAGUCCGACCCUGGGGACAGUGUGGCUGGACCCCAUCUGCGGCGGCGGCUGUGGCAUGGAACUUUCCAGAAUGAGCAGAGACGCAAGAGACAGGCUCUGCACCGCAGGCUUCUUAAACACAGGCUUCUGCUGGCGGUGAUCCCCUGGGUGGGUGACAUCAACCUGUCCUGCACACAAGCUCCUAGGAGACCUGCAGUGGUGCAAACUCAAGCUGACAGCAUCAGGAUGCAGUUAGAGCGUGCUCACCUGACCAGCACUCCAGUGUUCACAUUGCUUAUUCAGCUACUGCAGAUUGAUACUGCGGGCUGCAUGGAGGUAAUUCGAGAGAGGAAGACCCAGGCACCUGCACUGCUCGAGCCUGGCACCCAGAACCCCCAACCACAUCUACAGGCAUCCUCCAGUGCCGAGAACAGCACAGGCUGCAUGCCGGGUCAGCAAACUGCAAAGAGAGACAGCCACAAAGGGCGUCCACGGCUGGGAUCCUGCGGGACUGAGGCUACCUCCCUCCAAGUUCCUGUAACAGCCCCACAUGGCUUCCGGCCAAAGCCCAAGACUGUAUCUGAGCUCCUUCGUGAGAAGCGGCUCCGUGAGUCCCGUGCCAAAAAGGCCACUCAGGCCCUCGCUGCCAUCAACAGCCAGUUGCUCAUCUCUUCCCCUGUGAUCCUCCAGCCCCCUGGGCUGCCGGCCCCCCAGGGUUCCCCAGUGGCAGGCCCUGCAACAUCCAGUGUAGAACUCUCUGUCCCUGCGGCCCCAGUGAUGGUCAGUUCAAAUUCUCCUGGCUCCUGGCAGGUGGCUGGGAUCUCAGCCACAGACAAGCAGCCCUCUACCCUGCAAACCAUUCCCCUAAGCCCCUCCCACAAAGGGACCCAGAUUGUGGCCCCUGCUGCUUUUAGGAGCCUGGCCCUAGCUCCCAGGCAGGUCCCCGCAGGCUGCCCUCUGAGUACUCUAGGACAGUCUCAGGCCUCUGCCACAUCCCAGAAGCAGGACCUGCCCAAGGUCCUGCCCCUCCCAGCAGCCCCCAGCCCCAGUCAGCUGCCUGGGCAGCCCCUCAGUCUACCACCAGUUCUUGGCCCACAGGCAAGUGGGCAGCCCCUGGCAGCCAAGGCCAGCCUUCCUGUCAACUGGGUGCUCACAAAUCAGAAGCCGCUCUCUGUCCCAGUGCCAGCUGUGGCGGGCCUCCCCCAGUCAGUGACGACCCCUGAGACCAUAGGGUCACCGGCAAAACAGCCACCUUCCCCUGCCACGACUCCUGCUUGCCUGGGACAGCUUCCAGCCAGUGCAGACACAGAGCCCAAAGGUCCUCAGGGCCAGGAAGUACCACCCACAUCUGGGCCCAAAAAGAAGGCCUUGGACCUAAGUCUGCUUUCCCAGGAGAGUGAGGCAGCCAUACUGCCGUGGCUGAAGGGGUGCCGAGGUGCUUGUGUGCCCCCACUGGGGAGCAGGAUCCCCUAUCAGCCCCCUUCACUGUGCAGCUUGAGAACAUUGUCCAGCCUCCUCUUCCAUAAAAAGGACUUGGAAGAGAAGGCUUCCUCUCUGGUCGCCAGCCAGGCAGCUGGGUCCCAAUCUGAGCCCAAGGCUGGAGCCCUACAAACUUCCUUGGAACUGGUACAGAAGCAAUUCCGGGACAACCCAGCCUACCUCCUCCUAAAGACACGUUUCCUAGCUGUCUUCUCUCUUCCUGCGCUCCUGGCCACUCUGCCACCCGACGGUGUCCCUACUACCCUGUCACCAGCCAUGGCUGUUGGUUCUGAAAGUGACAGUGAAGACCUUGGUGACCUGGAACUCAAGGACAGGGCCAGGCAGUUGGACUGCCUGGCCUGCAGCACACAAGCAAGCCCAGCAGCCACAGACCCGGUACAGAGAGUUCCAGGUCCUGGGGAGGAUUCUGCCCCCUCCCACCUGGAUGCUUCUGAUGACCUUGAUGUGCUCAGGACUCGGCAUGCUCGGCAUCCCCGGAAACGGAAGCUGCUGUGAGCAGAAAGGACAAGGACUCAAGGGCUCCAGAAACCCACUCUUACACCAGGCAAGAGGCAGAGCCCAGGCCUGACCAGAAGCCCACAGCCUUCUGCGAGAGGAAGCGGAGGCCAGGAAGCUGCAGGCCUGCAAACUAACCUGUCUGCAGCAAGCCACAGUGACUCUGAUAGCAGUGGCCCUGUGGUCACAGGCUCAACUGUGACCAAAUGAAAUCCACGUAUUUGAAGGAAUAAAGUAAAUGUCUAUUUUUUUUCUUUAAAAGCACUCCAUAGCCCUUUGUGGUUUUGUCAUCUAGUGCUGGGUACCCACCAGCAUCUGGGAUGUGUUUGCCUGCCAGUCCCAAGAGCCUCCCACACCCUCGGCUGCCCAAGCAGCCCCUGGACCCAGUACUUCACCAGAGAGCAGGGAGAGUGGAGAAACAGCUCUUCAUCGCCUUUCAUGAAAAUGUGUCAGUUGGCCUGUACCUCCCUAGACAGGGUCCCUAGAACCAGCAUCCAUCACUACAGCAGCUCCCCCUCGUGAUGGUAGUAGGCAUGUCUUUGGCAUGGAGCCAGGACCCAGCUGGGUCUUCCCUCUCCCUUUCCUUAGUCACUGUUGUGAUCCCAGACUCUCGAGUCCCAGGCCCCUUGGCUCUCCAGGAUUUGGUUCUUACAUGUGUUUCAUCCUCUGUUGUGGGAAAUUUCCAAUGCAAAGUAAAAGGGCAGUUGUGACCAGCCUGGUCCUGGUGCUUGUCCAGCUGUCAACAGGGGAUAACCCUUCGACCCAGCGAUGGCUCAUCAUGCACAAACCAGCGUGGCUGCCUACUGAUCGGGCACAUCAUGCAUCCAGGGGCCAGUCUUUUUAGUGGCUCCCUCGAACCUCCACAUUAGAUUUCUUCAUUUUGGAGCACUUGGGGGUUUUCAGGUAUCUUUGUGCUGUUGAUCUUCACCUCGGGCUUAUGACCAAGAGCUUGGCAUUUUUAUUAGCACUUUAAGAAGACACCAUGAUCUGUUUCUACUAUUUGGAGACAGCUGUGAAGGCCUGGUGCUGGUUUCCCUAGGGUGACUGGAAAGCCGUGAACCCCUCUCUGCCAUCCUGGAAACCCAGGCAAAGCACAGUCCCUAGCAGCGUGGCUU